GCUCAGCUGCCUGAGAGCAACACUGCGAUUCAGAUGAUGGAGAAUCUUCUCAUUCCUCUGAAAAGCCUUAGUGCCACAUGGCUGAGCCCCAGCGCCACUACCUUCGCGGUGGAUAUGAUCCUCGCCUUUCUGUGUGGACUGGGGCUCUUCCUUCUCUUACUGCCCUGGCUCGAGGGUGAACCAUCCUUACCGCCAUCCAGGAGAAACAGAAACAUCAGAAAGGUAAGACACUCUCAGCCCAGGCCCAGCAGACAUCUCACUCAGCACCUUCCACCUCGGGCCUCCUCUCCAUCGCCAGGCCCGCCUGCAGCCUCCUGUGCUUCUGUGUGCUCACCCACAUCCCUCACCGGCUCUCAGACCCCAGAGCCCCUGCUUCUUCCCCUGGAAAGACUUUCACCCCUGCCACUUGCCCUUUCCCUUCCCCCAGCCCAUCCCCCUGAUCCUGCAACAGCCCCAGCACCCUGGUGGGACACAAAAGAGAAGCCAGAGCAGCAGCUCGGCCCUCAGCAACUCUCAAAUCCCCAGAUCCUGGGUGUCCACGUCCAGCAGAAAUGGAUCCAGCUUUCCUGGGGUCUGCCCUCUCUGCACAGUGAGUCCGUGGUGGCUGCUGCCUGGAUCUUUCAGAACCCUUGUGGCCCACACCUUCCUGCUUUCUUAUUCAAUGAAAUCACAAAUGUUUACCCAGUUCAGGUGCAGGAAAAAAUGUCCUCACUGCUUUCCCAGGCCCAGGUUCCAUCCUGUCUGGAGCCCCACUCCCCACCCUUGAUUCUGAUCACCACCCAAUUCCAGCCCUCACCUCUGGCUCAGAUCAAGACUCAGCCCCAUCUCCAAUCCCCAACCCUCCUACCGCAUUCUCUACCCCACAUCAGAGACUAUGGAGCAUCUUGCCCAACACCCCAUAAUAAUCCAGGACAUCUCAUCCCCACUGAAAUUCAACAUACUGGGAGGCCCUGGUUGAGAACCCAGCCUGAGAGUGGGUGGGCUGUGCCCUCAGUGCUCAAUGCUCUCAGAAGACCUACAGUCCUUUCACUCCCAACCUUUAUGCCAAGACCACCGGGUCCUGCCAUCCUUCCUGAGGGUUUUUCAAUCAGCACAGAGCUCUGGAAACAACUACAGGAACACAUUCAAAAAUCUCUCAUUCAACAUCAGCAGGACCUGCUCUGCAGGAUCCAAGAGUCUCUAGAACUCACAUGCCAGGGUGACUUAGCUCAUACAUGUCAGGCAAAGAACAAACUUGACCCCUCAUGCUGCUCCUCCAUGUCUAGUGAUGGUUGCAGCAGUGUGCAGGAGGUGAAGUUCCAGAUAGAGGAACCAGGAAGGAGGUUCUGGAGACAACCUUUGCAGAGUCUGAAAGAAACCUGGCAGAUCUAUGAGGGGCUGAUCCCUCUAAGAGUGCACUGGUCCUGGCUCACUGUCAAUAGUGCUUUUCCUAGCACUCUCCAGGAGCCAGAAAGCCUGUGUCAGAAGCUUCCCUCCCUCAACUCACGUACUCUGAAGACCCUGGAGGCGCAUAUAACAAGGCUUUGGGUGAGGCACAAGUGGGCCCUCCCCCUCAAGAUGCUUAGGGCCAUAAAACUCUUCAAGGUGAAAAAGGAUCCACUUUUGUUCCUUCCACAGUAUUCCUGUCCCUUCUCAGCCAUAGGUCUUGUGGUGACUCCGCCAGCUGAGCUGCUCGUGAGAGCAGUUGGGCACAUGCUAGAAGCCAAAGUGAUGCUUCAGCAUGAACUCUGCGCCGUGAAACUAAAUCAGCGCGAAGAAGAAGAAGAAGGUCAAGCUCCAAUCUCCCAGGCUUCCUGCUGCUCAGAGCACAGGAGAAAGCCAGGACAUGCAGCCAGCCCCGAGUGCCACAGCUGUCCUGCCAGGGAGAGGCACCCCCGUGACCAAGAGUCCCUGAAAACUGGACAGCUCAACAGUGAGCAAUGGCGCCAGAAGCAUCCCAACCCCAUGACCCUCAGCCAGUCUGUGUUCCUUGUCAGCCCGUCACAGUGCAGUAAAGCCAGCAGUGAAGACAUCCAGAGACCUCACAAAGGACCUCCCAGGGAGAUCUCCUACAGAGACAGCACAUAG